GACGUGUCCGCAUUUAUCAUUCUUUCUAAAUUCGCUGCUCUUUUCUCUGUUUCACUCAAUUGUGUCUUCCAUUUUGGUUCUCUCUCUCUGAUUUUUAUUCAGAGAUAGGGUUUCUUUUUGUUUACUUCGAAGUCGGAGGCAUAACUUCACUGCAGGGAGAGCAAUGGAAAUGGGAAACGUGAUUCAAAUCCAUGGUAUAGUCAAAUGACUUGUUUUUGAGUGUCUUUGAUUUCCCCAGCUGAUUUGCAAAUUUUAGUGCAUUUGAGUCAGAUGGAUUGAAGAAGAUCUGUGUGUUGUUAUAAAACUAAUCAGAAAUGGCUGUUGCUGGUCUGCAUAAUGUGACUGUGCUUGAAACUACUUUCCUAAGGGAAUCCCAUUCUCAAUCAUCUGGGAGGCAAGAAGAUGGAGGGAGAGGAAGCACCCGAUCGUCUUCGCUCUUGCAAAUGUGGCGAGAGAUUGAAGAUGAGCAGGUAGUGAGACAAGUUCAAGGAAGACCUGGGGAAGUAUUACUUCAACAAAGGGGUGAUGGGUCGGUUGCAGACCUCGCACAGGAAAAUAUGGCAGAUAGCCCUCAGAGAGAAGGACAUAUGAUAGAAGAUGCAGUUUUGGGUGAGAAUGAUUCUGAAACGUGGUCACAAAGUCAGAAUGAGUUCAAUGAUGAACAGGAGGAAUUAAACAAUUCUAGCCGUGAAAACUCCUCCGAUUUUGGGGAAGUUGAGAGGGAAAGAGUCAGACAAAUUUUUAGGGAAUGGAUGAAUAAUGGUUCGACGGAUCAUGCAUCAAAUGUUUCCCGAGAAAAUAACGGUUCAAGGGGAGAAUGGCUUGGGGAAACUGAGCAGGAAAGGGUGAGUAUCAUAAGGGAGUGGGUUCAGAUGAGUAGCCAGCAGAGAGGUGUGUCUUUUGGCGAAAAUAGAGAAGAACAAUCUUCUGAAAGUGGUGCCCAAAUUGAAUGUGUUCGUGAUGGAUUUGUCGUUAAUCAGAAUGAGGGUCAAACUGAGCAUACACGGAGGGGAAUCCGUAAAUUACGUGGCCGACAGGUGCUGCUUGACAUGCUUAAGAAGGCUGAGAUGGAAAGGCAUAGAGAAGUUCAAGAGUUGUUGGACCAUCGAGCCGUAUCUCAUUUCCCCCACCGCAAUCGCAUUCAGGCCUUGCUUAGAGGCAGGUUCUUGAGAAAUGAUAGAUCGGUUGGUAACAACAGGUCAGCUUCCAUUGCAGAAAGUGAAUUAGGCUUAUUGAGACAAAAGCAGACUGUAUCAGGUCUAAGGGAAGGAUUCUUUUUUAAAAAAGACAAUUUGGGUUGCAGUCAAGCAACCAGCAAUCUAUCUGAUACCUCAUCUGACGGUGAUAUUGAUCUUAAUUCAAUGGAACAAACUGGAGCUAGCAGUUCACAAGCUGUUCCAACUGUACAUUCUGAACAAUCUGAACCGAAUAACACGGGAAAUGACAGACUUGGGAUAACAGGUGAACAAAUUUAUUCACAGGGAACCACUUUCGAGAAUUUAGAUUGGCAAGGCUCUACUGUUUAUGUAGAAACUAGAGAUUGGGAAUCAUCUUCUAGUAUCAGAGGUGAAAGAAGAGAUGGCACUGGACAAAAUGUUGAUAUAAUGCCAACAGAAGAUACUCCUAAUGACCAUACCCAACAAAGCUUGCAAAUUGAAGAUAUGGAGCAUGGCAAUAUGCAAGAACUAUGUGAGGUACAUACUGAGCAAUCUCAGCAGGGUGAUGAUAGGAGCAAUUUAUCAAAUCACAAUGAUCGUGUAUAUGGAAAUAUUGUUGAUGAUGUAGAUUCAAUUGAAUCUGUUCCUCUGGAAGGAGAGCAACAGGAAGAAGUUGUUAAUGAAAAUAACGGAAGAGAUUGGCAUCAAACUAACGUUGAAUGGAGAAAUAGCACCCAGCAAAGUGUGGAUGAUAAUCAGCUCAGUAGUGCGUCUAAUGAAUGGCCCCAAAACAUCUUGGGAAGUGAAGAUGGAGAAAUUUCUCGUAUGCAAGAGCAGGAAGUCCCUGAAGUGUGGCAAGAGGAUGGUAGCUUUCAAGAGGCUGUGGAAAUUUGGUUAGGAGGACCUUCUGAUAACGAAGUAGCUCCAGUUGGUAGAAUUCAUGGAUUUUAUUUUCCAGCAGAUGACAAUGUAUACAGUGUUGAACUCAGGGAACUGCUAAGUAGGAGAAGUGUCUCAAACCUCCUUCGCAGCAGUUUUCGUGAAAGUCUUGAUCAGUUGAUACAGUCAUAUGUUGAAAGGCAAGGUCAGGCUCACGUUGAAUGGGGGCUGCAGGAAACAAACCCUUCUACUCCCUUGGGGGAACCAAACUUGGGGCAACAGAGUAGGGAUCCAAUUGUUGGUCCCGAGGGUACUGUUACUAGUUCACUUGACCUACCCCUGCCACCAACCCCUCCUCCUCAGCCUUUAUGGGAUCGGCACUCACGUCAUGAAAAUUGGUCACAGAACGACAUAAAUAAUCAGCGCCUAGGAAUUGUGCGUUCAUUUGCAGGACAUAACUGCUUUUCUUUAGCUGAUGAGUGGGAUGUUGUUAAUGACUUGAGGAUUGACAUGGUGAGGCUACAGCAAAGGAUGAAUAAUAUGCAGAGAACAUUGGAGGCCUGCAUGGAUAUGCAACUUGAGUUACAACGCUCAAUAAGACAAGAAGUCUCUGCAGCCCUAAAUCGCUCAACUGGUUCAUCAGGAAUAGAUGACCAUGUUUCACCAGACGAUAAAUCUAAAUGGGAAUGUGUGAGGAAAGGGCUUUGUUGUAUAUGCUACGAAAGCAAUAUUGAUUCUUUGUUGUACAGAUGUGGGCACAUGUGCACAUGUUCAAAAUGUGCCAAUGAUUUGCUCCAAAGUAGAAGAAAGUGUCCAAUGUGUCAAGCACCGGUGGUGGAAGUGAUACGUGCCUAUUCUAUACAAUAAUUUUGACAUUAAAGGGUCACACUUAGAAAAAUACAGAUCCUAACAAGUUCUAUCACCUGGACGUUUCCCGGUACACACUUAAAAAAUUUCCCCCUAUUUUUGCCGUGAUUGCUGUAUUUAUGUCGAGUGCACCAUGGGAAACCUGAUGGCUUUUAUUUUAGGCCAUGACUCUGAAAUCAAUAAAAGUUAUUUUCUU